UAUCAUGGUGUUCGAUAUCAUUUAAAAUAGUUUAGUGCUGAAGGGCCUGAAAAUGCAAAGGAACUCUUUAAUCUUCGUCAUUCAUCAUUACGAAUCACUAUUGAACGUGUUUUUGGGAUUUUGAAGAAACGGUUUUGUGUAUUAGAUUCUGAACCAUUUUGGAAUUUUCAAACUCAAGUAGAUAUAGUUUUGGCUUGUUGUAUCAUUCAUAAUCAUAUAAUGGGAGUUGAUCCUAGUGAUUUACUUAAUCAAGGAUUAUACGAGGCGUCUGAGUCAGAUUUGAUAAUACCAACUCUCACGGAGCGAGAAGAAAGGCAAGAAGCAAGAGAAUGGUCUGCUAAGAGAGAUGAAAUUGCACAAACUAUGUGGACUGAUUAUACGGCUAGAAAUAUUAGGUAGGUUUAGGGCUUAGGGUUAUUAUUUCUAUGUUAUGUAUGUUUUAGUAUUAAAAUUGUUUUUUUUUAUAAAUGUUGGUUGGAUAAUUAUAUUGAAAUUUUAGUUUGUUGGAUUUUGAUAUUAUGUCUUGAAUUUGUUAGAUAUUGAUUAUGUUUUAAGCUUGUUGGAUAUUGAAUUUAUUAUUAUGUUUUAAGCUUGUUGGAUAUUGAAAUGAUUGACAAUGACAAUUAUUUAAUGUAGAAUGGGUAAGGGCAACAAAGAAGGGACCUCCAAGCAAUUCAGGUGGACAAAACCGAUGGAACAUGUUUUCCUUGAAAUUCUAGCAGAGGAGGCCCGAAAAGGAAAUAAGCCUUCUAAUACUUUCAAAGUAGUUUCUAUUAAUCGAGUUGUCGACUCCAUUUCUGAAAGAUUCCAAGUCCAAUGCGAUGCGAAGCAUGUGGAAAAUCAUUUGAGGACUGUAAAAAAACCAGUGGUAGAUUAUAUGCAAAAUUUGAGGUGAAAGUGGUUUUGGAUGGGAUGAUAACAUGAAAAUGAUCACAUGUGAUAGAGCGACAUAUGAUGCAGCAGUGAUGGCACACAAGAAGUAUGAACCAUUUUUUAAUAAAAGCAUUGAUCAUUAUGAUGAAAUGGCUUUGGUUGUUAGCAAAGAUAUGGCAACAUGGAGUUUUGCCAGAACAUUUGCUGACAUAGAUUUGGAUGAUGGUAAUGAAGAUUCAAUGCCUGUAGACUGUGACAAUGAAGAGGCUGAAGAGGUAAGAACAAAUGUAUCUUCAUCUAGCACAUCCAAACGUAAAAGAAAAAGUGUUCAAGACAGUGUCGUUGAUGAACAAAUUAAAUUUGUGGGUGAACAACUUGGCAAAAUUGCUAAUGCUUUGGACCAAUUUACUACCGAUAAGACAUCACAGCUUUACGAACAAGUGAUGUCGAUGGAGGAAGAAGCAUUUGAUGAUGACUUCUUGUGUUCUGUGUUUGAUUAUCUAGUGAGUCAUGAAUCCGAGGCCAAAGCUUUUUUAGUUAAAAGUAAGAAGCAUAAAAAAAAAAAUUUGCUUCAAAAAUUUUCUCAAGGUUGAAGAUAUUGAUACUUUUAUGUGGUGUAAUAUUAUGCACUUGGACAAUGUUGUUACUAUGUGGUGUACUACUAAUUAUGCAUUUGG